AUGUCGGACGCGGAAGAAGCGGAAAAUGCGCCGGUUGAGGAGGUUACACAGGGAGAGGCGCCUGCUAAGGAAGCAGCAGGCGAUGAUGGUGGUGGGGGUGAAGGAGAAGGAGGAGAAGAAGCUGAGGAAGUUGGGGACGAGGGAACGGGAGAAGAGGAAACAGCCGAAGAAGUAAAGGAUGAUGCAAAUGAUGGAGAGAAGGAAAGCGAAGGGGGAAAUGCUGGUGACGAAGAAGGGGGGGUAGAAGCGGAAGUUACCCCUGCUGAAGCGGGUGAAGCAACUGAAGCAGGUGAAACGAGUGGUGCUGGUGACGCAGGAGAAGCAAGCGACUCGGGAGAAGCGGCUGAAGGAGGUGAAGCAGAAGAAACAAGCGGAGAAACGAACGCGACAGGAGAAGCUGAAGCAGGUGAAGCUGCUGAGGCGGUUGCGGAAGAAAAUGUGGAAGAGGCGGCUGAGGGGAUCAGCGAGGCGGAUGCUGAGAGCGCUGCUGAUGGGAAGACAGAGGCGGAAGCCGGCGACGCUGCGCCGGCGGAAGCCGAGCAAGCGGAAGCGGAGCAGGCGGAAGGGGAGCAGGCGGAAGGGGAACAGUCAAAGGGAGAUGACGAUCAAGGGAGCGACAAAGGGGAGGCUGAGGAUGCAGAGGCGGGUGUGACUGAACCGGGAGGGUCGAACGCAGAGGAAGUAGCUGCAGAGGAGACUGCUACAGCCGAGGCUACAACCGAGGGUACAGCCGAGGCUACAGCCGAGUCGAGUGCAGAAGCAGGUGAGGAGACCAACGAAGAGGCGAGUGGGGAGGCGAGUGGGGAGGCAACUGGUGAGCCGAGUGAUGCUGCUGGUGGAGGUGAAGGGGGAGAUCUGGAGGGAACGACGAGUGAUGGGGAGUCACGAGCGGCAGAAGGAGAGAUGGAGGACGAGGGGAAGGAAGAUGACACAGGGGACGGACCGGUGGAGGAGAAAGGUGAGGAGGAGAGCUCAGGAGGACAAGGAGAAGGAGAGAAGGGAGAAGAGGAGGGAAGUGGCGAGGAGGUGAGGAACGAAGUGGGAGCGGAAGGGGAGGAAGAUCGAGGAGAGGAGGGAGGAGAGCGGACAGAAGGAGGAGGAGAAGAAGGUAUUGAAGCGGCAGCUGGAGGAGCAAGCGGCGAGGUUGAUGGGGAGGGGGCAGCGGAGGAGGCGGAGGGGGAUAAAGAAGAAGAUGCGGAGAAGAAUGAUGACGUGGCAUCUGUGUCGUCAGGUGGCGGCGAUGGGGAGGAUGAACGGGCAGGUGAAGAAAGCGAGGAGAGAAUACAGGAUGGAGAGAUGGGUGGAGAUGAGACAGGGGAGGACGAGAAGGGGCAGGAGGAGGAGAGUUCCGAGGCAGAGGGGGUUGGAGGAGAGAUGGGCGAGUCUAAGUUGGAGGAAGGAGCAGGAGAGGAGGUGAUAGGGGAAGCAGCGAGUGCGGAGCAAUUGGGGGGAGAACCGGGGGAAGGGGAGGAAACGGAGGAGAAAGAUAAGGGUGGGGUUGAGGAGGAGAGGGAGGGGGAGGGAGUUACUAUUCAUGUUGAUGGUGACAAUGGGAUGGAAGAGGAGGGGAAGGCAGAGGAGGAAGCGGCAGGGGAGGCUAAUGGCUUGCAGGUAGAGAAAGGGAAAGAAUCGAAGGAGGGAGAGGGAAGAGGGGAAGAGGGGGAGGUGGAAGCUGGUGCAGGUCAGAACCAUGUGAAGGAUGGAGAGGGGAGUGAGGAGGGGAGUGAGAAGGGGAGUGAGAAGGGGAGUGAGAAGGGGAGUGACAAGAGUGAGAGUAGUAGUGACAGCGAUAGCAGCAGCGAGAGUGGGAGUGACAAGGAGGGGGAUGACGAUGAGAAGGAGAAGAAGAAGAAAGAUAAAAAGGAGAAGAAGGAUAAGGAGGGUAAGAAAAAGAAGAAGGAUAAGAAGGAUAAAGAGGGCAAGAAGGAUAAAAAGGAUAAAGGGAAGAAGAAGAAGAAGAAAAAGGACGAAGACGAGGAAGAGGAAGAGGAUGACAAGGAAAUGAAGUCCAAGAUAGCUGAAGAAAUGAAGUCAAAGAUAGAGGCAAUGGAGGCCUUGAUGGCUGGGAUGAAAACAGAAGCAGAGGUGCAAGCGCUGCUGCAGGCACAAGAGACAGAAUGGGCCGCCCGCCUCGCCGAAGCAGAAGAAAGGGUCCAAAAGAUGCGACUCCUUAGGCAAGCCUUGGAGCUACGAGCGUCCAAGGCGGAGGAGCAACUGGGGAAGCUGAAAGAAGAGCUGGAAGCGGAGGAGGAGAGGAGGAUAGCGGCGGAAGAAGCUAGGGACGAGGCGGAGGAGGGGCGAAGGGUGGCUGAGGAGGGCAUGGAGGCGAUGGUGGAUGCUAAGAGGCAGACGGUGAAGAACCUGACAGAGAGUUUGCUGGCUUCGGAGGAGCAGAGGAAGAGGCUUGUUGCCUCGUUUGGGGGGGAGGAGGGGCGGCGGUUGGCUGAGGAGGGCAUGGAGGCGAUGGUGGAUGCUAAGAGGCAGACGGUGAAGAAUCUCAGAGAGUCUGCUGGCUUCAUAGGAGCAGAGGAAGAGGCUCGUUGCUGUGCUGUGACCCGUGAAUGGAGGUAA